UUUCUCUCUCAUUCUCCGGUGGCGACGGCGGGGAAGGCGGAGGCAGAGGCUGCAGCAGCCGCGCUGGCUGCAAUGAAUGAUCCCCCAGCUGGGGGAGAGGACUCCAGGUGAGCCUCUGCCCUUGGGAGGGCCGGGACCCCCGGCCCCCCAGAACCUGCAGCACCCUUCCCCCCAUCCCCCGCCAUGGAUCUCUAGAGGAGGAGGACGAGAAGACAGCUCUGCCGCCCACCCCCAUCCCAUUUUCCUCUUCCUUUAUCUCAUUGUUGCCGUCGCUGUUUACGGCAGCGCUCCCUCUGCCCCAGCAUGGGGCGGGCUCUGGGUACUGCCGUUCGGCAGGCGCUGCUCCCGCGGCUGCCCGGCGAUUCUGCCUAAUUCUCCCUCCGCAGCCGGUGCAGCGAGGACCGGAGAGCGGUGGAGGCCCGGACUGCAGUAGCGGCGGGGCCAGCUCCCAGCAUCUCCACCCUAGGAGGCUGCAUGCGGAUUGAAGAACGGUGACUGGGGGCUGGGCCGGCCCCGCUGAUCCCGACCUAGGGAGGACAGCAGGACUAACUAGGCUGCGGAGGGGGUCCGGGGGUGGGGGGUGUGCAGGAAGGACAGAGCAGCAAGAUGGCCAGUAAAACCAAGGCCAGCGAGGCCCUGAAGGUGGUGGCCCGGUGCCGCCCCCUCAGCCGGAAGGAGGAGGCUGCUGGUCACGAGCAGAUCCUGACCAUGGACGUGAAACUAGGCCAGGUGACCCUGCGGAACCCCCGCGCUGCCCUGGGGGAGCUGCCCAAGACCUUCACCUUCGAUGCCGUGUAUGAUGCCAGCUCCAAGCAGGCAGACUUGUAUGAUGAAACCGUGAGGCCCCUGGUAGACUCGGUGCUUCAAGGUUUCAACGGCACCGUCUUUGCCUAUGGACAGACAGGCACGGGCAAGACCUAUACCAUGCAGGGGACCUGGGUGGAGCCCGAGCUCCGCGGGGUCAUCCCCAAUGCCUUUGAGCAUAUCUUCACCCACAUCUCGCGCUCCCAGAACCAGCAGUACUUGGUCCGGGCCUCCUACCUGGAGAUCUACCAGGAGGAGAUUCGAGACCUGCUCUCCAAGGAGCCCGGCAAGAGGCUGGAGCUGAAGGAGAACCCUGAGACAGGCGUCUACAUCAAAGACCUGUCCUCCUUCGUCACCAAGAAUGUCAAGGAGAUAGAGCACGUGAUGAACCUGGGGAACCAGACCCGGGCAGUGGGCAGCACACACAUGAAUGAGGUCAGCUCCCGCUCCCAUGCCAUCUUCGUCAUCACCGUGGAGUGCAGUGAGCGUGGCUCUGACGGCCAGGACCACAUCCGUGUGGGCAAGCUCAACCUGGUGGACUUGGCUGGUAGCGAGAGGCAGAACAAAGCAGGCCCCAACACCACUGGAGGGACCGCCACACAGCCCACUGGUGGUGGCGGCGGUGGAGGGGGUGGUGGCAGUGGUGGAGAGAGGCCGAAGGAAGCCUCCAAAAUCAACCUGUCGCUGUCCGCCCUGGGCAACGUGAUCGCUGCUCUCUCGGGUAACAGGAGCACCCACAUCCCCUACCGGGACUCCAAGCUGACCCGGUUGCUCCAGGACUCUCUGGGGGGAAAUGCCAAGACCAUCAUGGUGGCCACCCUGGGGCCAGCCUCUCACAGCUACGACGAGAGCCUCUCCACCCUGCGCUUCGCCAACCGGGCCAAGAACAUCAAAAACAAGCCCCGGGUGAACGAGGACCCCAAGGACACACUUCUGCGGGAAUUCCAGGAGGAGAUCGCCCGCCUGAAGGCCCAGCUGGAGAAGAAGGGGAUGCUGGGAAAGCGACUCCGCAGGAAGAGCAGCCGCAGGAAGAAGGCCGUGUCAGCUCCAGCCGGGUACCCGGAGGGACCGGUGAUCGAGGCCUGGGUAGCCGAAGAGGAGGAUGACAACAACAACAACCACCGCCCGCCCCAGCCCAUCCUGGAGACAGCCUUGGACAAGAACAUGGAGAACUACCUGCAGGAGCAGAAGGAGCGGCUAGAGGAAGAGAAGGCGGCCAUCCAGGACGACCGCAGUCUGGUGAGUGAGGAGAAGCAGAAGUUGCUGGAGGAGAAGGAGAAGAUGCUGGAAGACCUGCGGCGGGAGCAGGAAGCCACGGAGCUGCUCGCCGCCAAGUACAAGGCCAUGGAGAGCAAGCUGCUCAUCGGGGGCAGGAACAUCAUGGAUCACACCAAUGAGCAGCAGAAGAUGCUCGAACUAAAGAGGCAGGAGAUUGCCGAGCAGAAACGCCGCGAGCGGGAAAUGCAGCAAGAGAUGAUGCUCCGGGACGAGGAGACCAUGGAGCUCCGGGGCACCUACACGUCCCUGCAGCAGGAGGUGGAGGUCAAAACCAAGAAACUCAAGAAGCUCUACGCCAAGCUGCAGGCGGUGAAGGCGGAGAUCCAGGACCAGCACGACGAGUACAUCCGCGUGCGGCAGGACCUGGAGGAGGCGCAGAAUGAGCAGACCCGGGAACUCAAGCUCAAGUACCUAAUCAUCGAGAACUUCAUCCCCCCAGAGGAGAAGAACAAGAUCAUGAACCGGCUUUUCCUAGACUGCGAGGAGGAUCAGUGGAAGUUCCAGCCCCUUGUUCCUAGUGGAGCCAAUAGCAGCCAAAUGAAGAAGCGGCCAACGUCUGCAGUGGGCUACAAGAGGCCAAUCAGCCAGUAUGCUCGGGUUGCCAUGGCAAUGGGGUCCCACCCCAGGUACAGGGCUGAGAACAUCAUGUUUCUGGAGCUGGAUGUGUCCCCGCCAGCGGUCUUUGAGAUGGAAUUCUCUCAUGACCAAGACCAAGACCCCCGUGCACUACACAUGGAGAGGCUGAUGCGGUUGGACAGCUUUCUGGAAAGACCUUCCACGUCUAAAGUCCGGAAGUCCAGAUCCUGGUGCCAGAGUCCUCAGCGGCCUCCACCUCCCACCGCACACGGCUCGCUGGCCGCCGCUGCUGCUCUGCGCCCCACGACAGUGCUCGACCACGAGUGACAACCUUCCGUCGGGCUUGCCCCGUCCCCC